AUGCAAAAGCACCGCGGGAUCUGGAGCGAAGUACCCUCAAUGUUCGACCAGCUGUUGAACGGCUUGAAUUGGGGGCGACCAGAGGCGCAUGGAAGGCCACUGCCUCGCAGUGCUUGCUGGCUCACGACCGCCGGCUGCUCGUGCACGUACCGGUACAGUGGCACAUCAUGGCCAAACAUGGUGAUGCCUCAGUGGUUCGUUGAUUUGACAGACGAGGUAUGCCGCGCUUGUGAAGUGCCAGAACGCCCAAACUCGUGCAACGCCAACCUGUAUGAGGACGGUGGUGACUCUGUUGGCUGGCACGCAGAUGAUGAGCCAUACUUCGAUGCAAAGCAUACGGAUGCACUCAUCAUCUCCUUGUCUCUGGGUGCGACCCGCACGUUUUUGCUCCGUCCCAAUGAUGCCCCGACGCAGAAGACAAAGUUAUCUCUGGAAAAUGGGGACUUGGCCACAAUGGAAGGUCGGCUCCAGAAGCACUACUCACACGCAGUCUUGGCCGACGGGUCGAACGGAGUUCGAAUCAACCUUACCUGGCGCUGGGUACUGGUUCACGACCGUGGCUGUCUACAGCGCGGCAAUGGCCGCGCAGCCAGCGAACCAGUUCGUGUGCCGCGCAAGGCAGCAGACGAGACGAAGAAGGCAGCUACGCAAGCGGCUGCCUUGUCGACAGCCGCAGCUGUGCAAAGCAGAGCGAUGCAGGUGGCGGCGGCUUCUGCUGCCUCAGCGAAGCUUUCGCGGGCCUCCUCUGCUGCAGCGGUGCAGCACUCUGGCCGAGACGGCGGACGCGCUACACCAGUGCUGAGACCGCAGAGCCCAGGAGCUUCAAGGGUUCAGGGUGAUCGAGCUGAACGAGACAGGGCCGCGCAACCCCAAGCCAAGCUGCUACGGUUGCCAGAGGACUUGCCAACUUCAGGGCAAGGCGGCGUUCCAGAGUUUUCCGAGAUUAUGGACAAGGCGCGCCGGCUGAUGGGGCCUGAGCCAACCGAUGGUUCUUCGCAGAGGCACCGGGCAACUUCGUCGACGGCCUCAGAUCUACGUGGCAGCGGGGCCCGUGACAGAAGGGUUGACCAGCAGGAAAGGGGCCGUUCCAACAUGGAGCAGGCCGCUGAUGUGGGCACUUCUUCUGCAGGCCGUGACCCGGGAUUGUCCAACAAUCUCGCAGGUGCCCGAGAUGUGGUUCCCUCUUCAGAUGCCCGCCGUGAUGAGGAUGGGCGCGACGAGCAUACUCGGAGUCGUCGGCAAGUCUCCUUGAAGGAGGCAGACCAAGCUGGCAGAGGACGUCGCCAAAGUGGAGCACCUGCUGCAAAUGCACUCGAUGAGGAAAUCUACAGCAAGGCUUUGAAGCUCAUGGGCCCAGACGCGGUACAGAGACCAGUUGCCCUUGCUAGAGAGUCUGCAGCGGAUGAUCCACACGGGAGACAUGAGAAAGCUGCCCCGCGAGUAGGAGCCCGGGUCUGGAAGGCUUCGACCAAGGCCUCGGCUACGGAUGGCAGGGCGAGGGCCGAGCCCGCUGCCGCAGGCGCCGCCGCAGGCUCGUCGCAGCCAAGGCCCAGCGAGCCCCAACAACCUCAAAGGAGUGAUGCUCGAAGUGAAAAGAAGGGCAGUACUGCUCAGGGUCAGGGUCAGCGCAAGGGCGCGAAGGUGGACCUACAAAAGGCCGCCCCUGACGCUGCUGCCCAAGGCCGGCAUGAGAAGCUCGUGCUGACGCCUCGCCACGUCGCAGGCCCUGGCCAUGGCGAAGCUCGGACGACUUUCUCCGCGGGCGCUGCGUCCCUCACAGCCACACGUGGCUCCGGCUCGGGACAUGACGAGUCAGACCGCAGCUGGCGGCACGUUUCAGAGGCAGAUCGCAGCAGAGGCCACAGAGGCGAGCGAUCUUCUGCGGCUGAGCCGGAUGAGCAGAUGCACGGCAAGGCCGUGAAGCUGACGGGCUCGAAUGCGGUCCAGAGAGGGGAAG